CUCGCCUUGUGUUCAAUGUGUUCCUUUCGUUAGUUACUUGUGUUUGUUUUGUAUGAGAUACUAAUAUUAACCAACAAAAACGAGUGUUAUUUGCAAACUAAGGCAUAUAAUAAUAAUAUUUAAAUACCGAACCAUAACUUUCCUUUCAUUUAAAAUUUAUACAUAACCACAAAUUGAAAAUGACCACGACGACGCCGGCGGAAGAAAACCCUGAAAUUGACUGGGGAAAUGAUCGAUUGAUUCGAGCCCAACGAGCUGUUGAAGCUAACAUUUACGAUGUCGACUCGUGGUCUUUACUCAUCAGAGAGGCUCAGACUAGACCUAUACAGGAAGUACGAUCUAUGUACGAGAAGCUCAUCGCAGCCUUUCCGACUACUGGGAGAUUUUGGAAAAUUUUUAUUGAACAAGAGAUGAAAGCAAGGAACUUUGAAAGAGUAGAAAAGCUGUUCCAGCGCUGUCUUAUGAAGAUCCUGAACAUCGAGCUGUGGAGACUCUAUCUUAACUACGUGAAGGAGACUAAGUGCAUGCUACCUACUUACAAAGAGAAAAUGGCACAAGCAUACGAUUUUGCCCUGGACAAAAUAGGUUUGGACAUCCACGCGUACCCGAUCUGGAAUGACUACAUAACUUUUUUGAAAAGCGUCGACGCCGUCGGGUCUUACGCGGAGAAUCAGAAGAUUUCAGCUGUCAGGAAGGUGUAUCAAAGGGCUGUGAUCACACCGAUUAUUGGCAUAGAAACACUAUGGAAAGAUUACAUUGCAUUUGAACAAAGCAUCAACACCAUAAUUGUAUACUUCAAGAAUUCGUUUGAACUGUCAUGGAACAUGUCGGCACGUGACUGUUGUGUGAGCAAUCGGUUAAGCAAAGAAGUCGCCCGAGGCGCCACUGCAAGUGCGCGAGCGCAGCGCCGCGAGCAAGUGACGCACGCGCCUCCGCAAUCCCGCUACCACGUGUUCGUAGCAGCUGCAUUGAUGGAAUACUACUGUUCCAAAGACAAGAAUAUUGCAUUCCGCAUCUUUGAACUCGGAUUGAAAAAGUUCUCGCACAUACCCGAAUAUGUGUUGUGUUAUAUUGACUAUUUGUCACAUUUGAAUGAGGAUAACAACACACGGGUGUUAUUCGAGCGCGUUCUCUCAUCUGGAAGCCUUUCCCCAGAAAGCUCUGUGGACAUAUGGAAUAGGUUUCUUGAGUUCGAAUCAAAUAUUGGCGACCUGCUCAGUAUUGUAAAGGUGGAGAAGCGCAGACAGGCUGUACUGGAAAAGAUCAAAGAAUUCGAGGGCAAAGAAACGGCCCAAUUGGUCGACAGAUACAAGUUUCUGGACUUGUAUCCUUGCAGCAUUGCAGAGUUGAAAUCUAUUGGAUACACAGAGGUGGCCUCCAUGUCCAACAAAUCGUGGGCUCUGGGAGGACCCUUGGCGAACGUAUCGCCUGAGCUGGCCGCUGUUAUCUUGGGACAGAAGGACCACGACCCUAACAAGGACAUAUUACGCCCGGACACGAACCAAAUGAUCCCUUAUAAGCCAAAAUCUAAUCCUCUGCCCGGUGAACACCCCAUUCCUGGCGGCACGUUCCCCGUGCCCCCCGCUGCGGCCCACCUGUGCACCCUGAUGCCGCCUCCGUCGAGCUACCGGGGGCCCUUCGUGGCCGUCGACAGGCUCAUGCAGCUCUUCAACCGCAUCUCGCUGCCCGAUAAACCACCACCGCCGACACAAGAGAACGGCUGCGACACCAAGCUGUUCGAUUUGGCUCGCUCCGUGCAUUGGAUCGUCGAUGACGACGGCAUUACUACCAUAUCUAAUAAGGCGCGUCGCAGAAAGGCAGGCGAGGACUCGGAUGACGAUGACCUCGGUGUCGCCCCUCCCGUCAACGACAUUUACCGCCAGAGGCAGCAGAAGAGGGUCAAGUAGGACAUUCAAGGGUCCGCCGCUCAAGGAGUUUUAAUUUGCAGUGUAUACAGAAGUAUAGAACUCUAAACGAGAUUGAAUGAUAUCUGUUAAGUCAAAUGUAUUCCCAAAUCCAUUUCCUAGGUUUUAAGAUUCGUAGAAGACAGUAAGGGUUAAAACCUACUUGUCAGUAUUGGGUUCAUAAAAGCAGUGUUUUUGGUAUCGACCCGCUUCCGCAUCAAGGGUCAAUUUAUAUUGCGACGGAAAGGAAUGGAAGCGAAUUUUUGUAACGAUCUUGUACAUAGCGUAAUGAACGUUAUGGUCAAUUGUGUAACGUUCAAAUUAGAUAGAUAGAGAACUAGCCAAAAAUCACGUCACGCGUCUUCUGCAGCAGCCGUGGGCGACGCCUGGCGAAUCUGCGUGAAGGCAGGCGUAGUGUGACGUCAAAGUCAGCUAAAUACUACAGUCUCAAGGCGCAGUCGCAAGAAAGCUUCCGUUCCGCCGCAAUGGAAAUUGCGCCUAAGGGCGACACUUUUUUCUGGACGCAAUCAGACAUCAACUAUUUGUGCAUUCCGGAAUAAACUUAUCCUACAACGUGGAGAGUAAAACAACUAGAACUAAACGGUGUAUCGGGCAACCUAUCACAAAAUCGAUUUUUUUGCCGAAGUAAUGUUUGUUCGAAUUUUUAUUACACCGAUAUCCGAAUUAUAACGAAACCGUUGUUCUUUCAGGAUAUGUUGCAUAUUUAUCGCAAAGACACGAUUAAGUUCGGUUUGGUUAGGUUUAACAUUACUUUCGAGUUUAUGAAAAUUCAAAGUGUAUCUUAUUAUUGAUAUAAAGAUCGAACAAACACAGAAAAAAGUCCUUCGAUCCAGCCGGAUACGAACCAGUGUCUGUCGCCUAACAUGGCUACGGAUCGAGCCAGCUGAUCUCACGAAUUUGUCUAUGUGCUUGUUGCGGAUGGUUUAUGUUCGAUUUAAUCUGCUUGUUUGCCAAAUAUCUUUGUGUCAAUAAU